AUGCGAAAACAGGUCGCGCCAGGUCCGAAUGGCCGCAGUAUGCUAGAAGGCGAGUACCACUCAGCCGUCGACAUGCGCGAAGUUCUGCCCGGCUUCUCACCCAUUCCCAUCGGAUGGGGCGUUUUCGAUUCCGACGAAGACCUCGCUUUCUUCCUGCAAGCCUUCCAUGACAUGGAUACCGAGAUACCCGAUAUGGACCAGUUGACCAGAACGCUCGCCGAGUUUCACAUCAAAAGCGAGGAGCGCUUUGAGGAGCUUACGCGGGGUCGACGCCCCGAUGGCAUCAAGUUCGGUUAUCACGUCACGACGCACAACGGCAAGCUGUCGCAGGACAAUACUUGGACGCGAACCUGGGAAGAAUACUUUGUGCAGAAUAUGAGGAGGAUGCUGGAGCAUGAUGAGAAGGAGGGGGGUGAGCGCCCGCAGGAGAUCGAAGAGUUGCUCGAGCCGCUCUUCGAAAAGGUCAUACCGAGGCUCUUGCGCCCUAUGGAAAUGAAAGGACGGGAGGUGAAGCCCUCACUCAUUCAUGGCGAUUUGUGGUAUGGCAACACUUCGACCGAUCACGAGAACAACGUGCCGAUCGUGUAUGACGCAUGUUGCUUCUGGGGCCAUAAUGAGUACGAGAUCAGGACCAUGCGCGCAAAGACACGAUAUCGCUUCGGCAAAGCCCAACAAAGGGCGUACCUGCAACACUAUCCUGCUGCAUAUCCAAUUGAAGAUUUCGAAGCAAGGAAUGCGCUGUACCAUCUCUUUACGGAGGAAACGAAGAAGCUAGUGGAUAUGUUCCCCGAUGGCCUGGAAGGCUGGCUAUCACAGCAAGAAGCGCAGAAGGAGUCCGAGUCGGCUCCGGAGAAGAAUGCGUAG